CAGCUGACCGGAGCCAUACCGGAUUCGCGCGUGAAUUGUUUGUAAUAAACAAUCUUAAAUUUCUGUAUUUUAGCUGUUAAGAGAACAAAGACCAUGCCUGCGGUGGAAAAGUGUGUGAUCACCGACUGGAAGCGCCUCUGGCAAAUCGUAUCCGGCAUUCACUAUGAGACUCCGCAAGAAAUUGUUUUGGAGCAGCUAAUGGAGGUGGUGUCAGAACUCCAAGCUGGAGUGCUCCAGUUCAAGCCCAAGAGCGCCUCAAACGUCCAGCUGAGUGCCCUGCUCAAGGAAAAGAAACAGGAAAAGCUGCUGCCCUUCACCGAGGGCCUCCAGGAGUUGCUGGAUCUGGAGUCGGCCCAGUGCUGGGAAAUUCUAUGCUACUACUUGACGCAGGAGUACCGUGGAUCGGCCAGCCUGCUGACCCAGCUGAUCUCCACGGAAACUAACAUGGCCAAGCUGCACGAGGACAUUCGACACUAUUACUCGCUAGAACGCAUGAUAGUCCUGAAGAUCAUAAAGAACAUGAUCGUGUUCCACCGCGUGGCGAACCAUCCAUACCACCAGGAGUACCGAAAGGUGGUGGAGAAAAUAACACUGACGCGUCUGCGUGACUCGUACCUCGAGCAGCUGGAGAGCCUCAUCGGCGAAACGCCGCCUAGGAAGCUCAUGGUGGGCGAGUGCUUCCAUUCGACGGAACGACUCGUUUCUUGGUCAGAGAGAAACGCCCGUGAGAUCAACGAAGUUCUGCAAAUCCUGCUUCUGCUGGCAGAGCAUCUGCCCAUGGAACUGGCCCAAAUCAAGAGAAUAUUUUCCGCCUGCAAGCAGCACUCCUUCGGCCGGAUGCAGAGCUACUUGGACGAAAACCAGUCCUACCAUUCUGAGCUUAUUCGUGGUCUGGCUUAUUCCGAGCUCGUCCUCCUCAUGAAGUGUUUUGACUUUGAAAACCCUCAGGACCACGUCGAUCUCAUUGAGAAAUUGGUCGAAGAUCUUAACGGGGAGAUCUCUGGCUUGCAUCAUCGCCCAGAACAUGGACCCCUGCUGCUAGUUUGGAUGCUGCUCCGCCUGCGUGGCACCAAUGAUGCAGAUGAUGCCUCCAGUUUGCUUCGUUGCCGCCAGUUAGGGAAAAAGGCUGCAGAUCUGAAAUGCUUCGUACAACUUCAUCAGAUUGCCUCCCACUCCAUUUAUGCAGAUGAUUCAAUAAUUUCUCGGAUUGCCCGAAAGACCAUAUACAACCAUCUAGGAUACAUGUGCGACUUGUUCGAUGGCGAUGGAAGUUGUGGACGUUAUGAGGGAAUCUAUGAGCUACUCUGUGAGCUCGUGGCCUGGCCACAGCUGGCAAAGGAAUUCUGUAGUAAUGAAGAUUAUGGACCACGAUCCCUGUACAAAACUUUGUUGGAACAGUUUCCGCUUGAGUUUACAAAUCUUGCCAAACUGGCCAACUCUUUGACCAAAGCUGGUCAGGGAAACUACAUCAAAAGACAGCUGGAAUCUCUGCCCAUUUUGGCCAUUCUUUACGAUGAAAGUGUGCACAAGCUUAGGGAAAUAGACACGGAUGAGUUUGAGUUAACGGCCAGUGUUUCUCCCUUUCCUCGAAUCGACUUUACCAUUCCAGCGGGCACCAGUUGCACAGCCGUUCAGCACCCAAAUGGUUGCUUCAUGCACUUCCGCACUCAGGUGAACUUUUUUGAUGCCCUGCAUCAUGAAAUAAACUGCCUUCUGAGGGAGACCGGCCAUUUGCAUGGGGACUUUGAGUCAUCUGAACGCAUUCAUCGCGUAGAGUCUGGGCUGAACUUUUUGGAGGGUGUCGUGAAGCGCAGCCAAGCCGUGUCAGAGAUUAGCGUUGAGAUGGUGCAUCCCACAGAGAUGUGCGUGGAUCUGUUGCACAAGUUCAAGUGUGUGCCGUAUCCACCAGUUCGUCUGCUUUCCACCUGCUUAAAUGUCUGCACAGCGUUGCUACCGUUGGUGGACCAGGAGAUCUUUGCGCGAGUCAGCAACCUGGACAUUCUGCCGACUGUCAAUUAUAGAAACGAUUAUGAUUUCAAGCGUUACGCCGCCGCAAGUGGCGUGGGCUUUGAGUCGCGCUUCCUUGGCUCUGUCAUCGAUAAUGUCGAAAAGAAGAACGAGCGAUACGAUUUCUUAAUCGCGUACCUAGGAUUUCUGCGCACCUACACCAAGCUAAAGAAGAAUCAGUUAAUACAGGUGGAGAUACCAGGAUUGUUGUUCCUUCUGAGGGACGUUUUUCCGCAUCUGCACUCCUGGCACUUUAGGUCGCAGGUGAAGAAAAAUAAGAUCUUCUUUGAAGUCUUGAGCUUUAUCUGCGACAUCCUUGAUUUGGUUGGAAACGGCGAAGAAACAAAGUGUGAACAGCGUGAUCUGCUCCUGAAGAUGUGUGUUUAUUCGCUGCUGAAUCUGGAGAAUGGUCUAAUCCUCUUGAAAUUUGUUGGAGUGGGCAAUGCCUAUGUCCAAUAUUCCAUGGAACUGGAAAGCAAUUGGAUGCAGCAGCAACCCCAUGGUCUUACGAUGCUGGUUCGACUCUCUAUGCGUAUUCUAAUGCAGUUGCUUCGUCUGAAGGACAAGGUUUAUGGACAGACCGACUCGCUGUCUCCCCUGGAGGCCCUGAUAUACACCCAGCCUAAGCAGAGAGAUACUCUGAGGAUAAUUCCCACAGUUUGCAGCUACAUGAACAACAUUUUCGACAGGUGGCUUCCAAUCUUAUCCUGCCGCCUGCUAAAGCGUAUCGCCCUGGAGUUUAACAUGUCCCUGCUGGCCUGCUUGGACAUGGAGGCGGACCAGAUUCGGCUAACAUUCAUGCAAAAGCUCCCCGACGAGCUAGAGAGCGAUUCCAUCAAGCUAGCUAUCCUGGAGCUGGUAGAUGCCUGCAUUGCCAAACAGCCAGGUGUAACCGAGGCCUUCUUCAAGGUCAACUAUGCCCAGAAUAAUCGGUCCCGAUCCUUUUUCGGCAAGGACUAUGCCCCCAACAUAGGAGAAAGCAUCGUGACAUACAUGAAGGAGUUCCUCGACGCCCUGGAAGUGGAGCCUCGUACCAUUCAACAAGCCUUGCCCGGGAAAAUAAUGAACAUCUUUCACUCGUUGUGGAAGCAUAACCUGCAAAUGCUGGUGGAGGAUCUGCUGAAGGAUAAGAACUUCUGGCAGAAACUCUGCGCCCCGCUCUUCAGCGAGCUGCAGCCCAAUGUAAGGAUCUACACGCAGCUUUUAAACAUCAUAUCCAUAGAAGUGUAUACGGGAAAUGGCAAGAAUGCACCCUUGCUGGAAGUCAUGACCAAGUUGUUCCAACCCAAGCACUUCGAGCCUUGGCUAAACUACGUGUUCGAUAUGCCAAAGGUGCCUGCAGUGACCCCAGUCCCCAGUUCUUCCGAUGAACUCCCCGACUGGAUAUGUUGCCUGCAAGCGUUUAAAGACCUCAUUGUGAUCAUGCUGAAGAAACAGCCCAAGUUCAUGACCAUUCCCGAGUCGCAAUUCAAGUUAAUGGCUCAAAAGUGUCUAAAGGUGCUGGUGGAUCGCUCUUUCUAUCUGGAAGACAUGCGUCCCUUCAUCAUGCUAGCGGAGCUCUAUGUUUUCCUGCUGCUCCAGUUCAAGCACUCAUACACCAACAGUGCCGAAGAGGAGCAAGAACUGAUGGAGCUGUUGCUGCAGCUCAUGAGCCGUAUCUGCUCCUGCUACGAGGACUUGCAUGUUAGGGCCAAGGAGGCCUGCCUCGCCAUCGUUACGAAGUGUGCGCAUCUCUACACGAGCUUGCUCAUUCGGGACACGUCCAUCGCCAUGCGCUUCCUGAACUCGGUGCUGAGCAUCAUUUGCAGCGAACUGCAACACAUGGAGAACUCCGUCGCAUUGGAGCAGCCAAUUUCCCUCAACAACUCCCAAGAUUCGGACAACAAAAACUCCAGGAAUUCAUUGCUGUUGUGUCUGAACCUCCUCAAGGCGGUGGCCACAAUAUUUCACAAUGAUGGUCCUGGAAACUGGGAUCUGCCCUUUGUAUCCGUUCGCCUGUUUCCACGAAUUCUUCGCUGCAUCUCUCAUACCUUGCCGCUGGUCAGCAAGCAGCUCCUCAGUGUCCAGCUGUUGGAUGUGCUCAUCGUUUUCGCCAAAAGCAACUGCUCUGUGGAGUUCCUGCACUGCGAUAUCGGCGAGUAUAUGUGGCUGCAUUUAAAGCCACCCAGGGAACUCUUGAAAUCCCAGCUUGACUUCAGCAAGCCACCCGCAUCGGAGGCCCAGCACUGGACAGUGGAGAUGUGGUGGCCCAUUUACGCCCGUGGCAUCGAGUUCAUCACCAUCAUCUACGAAAAGCAUAAGAAGUGUUUCCUGAACCCAACCCUCCAGUUUGUGGGAAUCCAUGAGGAUUAUUUGGUGGAUGCCCUGCAACUGAGCAAAAAGUCUCUUGAGCCAGCUGCCAUGCAGUUGAUCAAGGCAGUUGUUACCUUUGUGGCUUGUCUCGCCGAGGACCACAAGGAGUGGCAGCAAUAUGACGACAAAUCUUUGCAAACUAUAAUGCGAUCACUUCAAAGUCUGCUCUGCCAUAUAUCUUCCCUGUUCCAUCAGAAAAGGAACCUUAAAUGCCUCCUGGUAGGUCGGCGUUCGCAGUUGGAGAUUCUCCGAAGAGUCGAGGACAUCUCCAUCGACGAUGAACUAAUCACGGCUUGCAAUGACAUUACGGAAAUUAUAAUAUAUUGCACAAAGACCUUUUUGAAAUUCAGUCCAGAUUUAAUGGAUUUGUUGUGCAACAAUGUCUACCAUCCCCACAAAUGGAACCCCAUACUGGAUGUCAAGUUUGGGGCUCCAAAAAUGAGUGAAGACAAUGUGUGUCUUACAUUUGGAAUGGUGCUCAACAUGAUUAACAUUUACGUAAAGUCGUUAAAUAUGCAAAACCAUGGCUUUAGUGAGGUGCCUAUAAAUACCCUACCCACUGUCGAGCAAGGCGGUGAUACCACUGGGAACGAUGAAGCGGAUGGUACCCUUGGCAAUAAUAGCGAUCGUACGUUUUCCAAAUCUCUAUCCAUCAGCUCGAUUUCCUCGGUGUCUUGUCCAGCCAGUGAGCUGCUGUCGAACAUGGACGGCCAAUUGUGUCAGCUGGCACUGGAGCACUUGCUCAUGCUAGUGGCGUCGCAAGGCAUCUGCGUGAUCCGUUCGCCGGUGUUGGAGCCGCGCUGGAAGCAAAUCGUACGCCGGGAGAUAAGCAACGAGCUGUGUCUCUACCACGAGUUUGUGCGCCGCAAGGUACUGGUCGACAACCGAGACAACAAAAACCCCUACCAGCGACGUAAACAAGGCAUUUUUAAGCUCAAAUUUUCGGAUCCGGCCAAAAGUUAUGGAAUGCCCAGCUCGUCCCGCACCUCGGAUGUUGUGCGUCGAGCCAGCAGUACUACCAAUGAGCUUCGUGUCAAUGUGGUUCGCCGCCAGCAUCUACAACAGCAGCUGCGCACUCCGCCGCCCAACCGAUUCGACAUGAGCCAUGAUCUGAGUCCCAUAUCGACGACACCAAAUGCUGGCGCUAGAGGUAGCCCCGAAAGCCGAAAACGUUUAUAUCCUUCGACCCAAAUGGGGGAAUCCUUCCUGGAAGAUGAACUGGCCGCCAUUGAUCUUCAGCUCUUUCCCCCGCCGACGGAUCGCGGUUUUUGUGAGCAGUCGCAGGUCCAGCUGGUGGAAGAGGACUAUCUCCAUGUGAUGUCCUGCCUCUUCAAUGCGAUGCCUCAUUGCGAAUGAAAUGGAUUUUCUUUCUUUUGGUUUU